AUGGCACCCAGCAUCGCUGAAUCCUCAUCACCAGGCGGUACUUCUACUGCCCAGAAGCCCACCGUUUACGUCCUCGACACCUUCCCCCCCAAAGCCAUCGAACACGCCCGCACCCUUUUCCACCUCAUCCAGCCCAGUGACCCCGAGUUUCAGCACUGGCGGGAAAACGCCCGAGCCCUGCUGAUCCGAGGCUCGUACGUAACCGCCGCUGACAUCGCCAGCUGCCCCAACCUGGUCGCCAUCGGCAAGCACGGGGUGGGGAUCGACAAGAUCGACCAGGCCGCGUGCCAGGCCCGCGGCAUCCGCAUCCUAAACACCCCCGGCGCCAACGCGCGCGACGUCGCCGAGCUGGUCGUGACGCUGGCCCUGGCCGUGGCGCGGGGGAUCCGCUCCAUCACGACGCGGCAGAUGGCCAAGCCCGUCCCGAAGGAAACGUGCAACGGGCUCACGCUGCACGGCAAGACGAUCGGUAUCAUCGGGAUGGGCAACAUCGGGCGCACGGUGGCGGAGAUCUUCCACGGGGGGUUCGACGCUCGCAUCGUCGCGUAUGAUGCCUACAUGCCCGCCACCGGGGUCUGGAAGCAUUUGCCCCAUGUGCGCGCCCAAAGUGUCGGGGAAGUAAUCACGCAGGCGGAUGUGCUGUCGCUACAUGUGCCGUUAACGGAGGAGACGCGCGGGAUGCUUUCCUAUGCGGAGAUCAAGCGCAUGAAGCCGGAUGCCAUCCUCAUCAAUGCGGCGCGGGGGGGUAUUGUCGAUGAGGCAGGGCUCGAGCGGGCUCUGUCCGAAGGCCAUCUCUGGGGUGCCGGGCUGGACUGCCACGAGCAGGAGCCUCCCAGUCGGGAGAAGUAUGGGGCGCUCUGGGAGAAUCUGAAUGUCAUCAGCACGCCGCAUAUCGGGGCGGCCACUUCAAGAGCGCAGCUGGCGAGCGCGACUGCUGCGGUGGAUAAUUUGCAUGCGUACUUGUCCACAUUAUAA